AUGAAGUUAUUUGCGGAUGUUCUUGUAGUUUUAGAUUUUGUGAAAGAGGAGGGAGGGUCAUUGGCAAACCGUCAACAAGCAUCUGGAAUCUUAGCAUAUUUUAAAUCAUAUGAGUUCGUGUUUUACUUACAUAUGAUGUAUGACAUUUUACACCUCACGGGUACAUUGUCAAAGCAACUUCAAAGAAAAGAUCUAGACAUUUUAGAAGCGGCUUCGAUGGUUAGAGGGACAAUGGAGGCAUUUCAAUCUUUUAGAAACAUAGGGUUUGCUAGCAUUUUGCCAAAAGUAUCCUCUUUUUGUGAAACACACGAAAUUGAUACUUUGGAUAUAGAAGAGUUGUAUAUUGGUGCGAGAAACCGUAGGACUACAAAGACUAAUAGGUUUCAUUUUGAGGUUGAAAUCUUCAACACGGUGGUAGAUAUGCAACUUACAGAAUAUCGGGAUCGAUUUAGUGAAACAAACACCCAAUUACUAGAAUACAUGGGUGCUUUGAGCCCUUGUGAUUCAUUUGUACAAUUUGACAAAUCAAAGUUAUUGAAGUUGGGUAAGUUAUACAAGUAUGAAUUUGAUGAUUCAGAUAUGAUAGUCCUUGAAGGACAACUUGAGAUAUUUUAUCACUCUUGCAUCAAAGAUGAGCGCUUCGCUAGUUUGAAAGGAAUUUCCGACCUUUCUCGUUUGAUGGUUAGUAUGGGGAAGCAUCGAUCUUAUCCUUUGGUUUAUAAGCUAUCGAAGUUGGCUUUGAUAUUACCUGUAACGACCGCAAGUGUAGAAAGAUGUUUUUCAAAGAUGAAGCUCGUGAAGACCGACUUGCGUAACAAAAUUGGCGAUGAAUUUUUGAACGACGCAUUGUUGUGUAAUGUCGAGACUGAAGCACUUGCAAAAGUUGAGAAUGAAAAAGUAAUGGAGCGGUUUCAAAAGAUGUCUGCACGAAGAGGACAAAUUUAA